AUGGUCGAGGUGGAUUUCUUUGGGUUCCUGUAUCUUCUAACUUUUUGUGGCAUCAGAGUGAGCGAACACGGAGUAGGUAUGCUCAUUGAAAGUUUAAUUGUGUAUGAGCCACCGAAUUUUGACUUCAAUUUACACAUCCCAGUAUCAUGCUAUGUGCAAAGAAGGUUUCCAAUAAUCUUAGUGAUGAGAAGGGGAGAGAAUGACAACCGUCGUGAAUGCAGAAGGUCAGUGGGACAGCACUGCUCACUAUCACGCAAACUUGAAGACUUGGGAAUCCGUCCAAGAGAAGAUUUCCAGACCAGCAAAAAUCCAGUGUUUGUAGAGUGUACUGAAUCUUGGCUUCUGGUUGAAAUUAGACGAGCACCUCUUGUGGAAAACCUGCAACCUCAGCAUUACGAGCUAUCUCUAGGAAAUGACUGUCCUGUAACCAGAGUGACGAAUGAUAUCUUUGAGUUCCGUUACGCUCUUGAUUUUUGUGGCAUCAUGAAAUACGAACGCCCAUGGGGCAUUCUUAUUGAGAGUUUCGUCAUGUAUCAACCAAUGUUUUUGAAUAUCAGAACUUACAUCCCAGUAAGAUGCUCCCUUGAAAGAAAGCCUCCUUUACUUGAACAAAACGUAAUACAGAAUACUACAGAUAAAUCUAAGAAAACAGUCCAAACUCAGUAUUAUCAAGCAGGAAAUUUGUGUAUCCAGGAGUAUUAUUUAGCAAUAACUGCAACAUGCUCUGAUGAUUGGUUGUUAGUCAGAAUGAAAAUAAGGCCCUUUGAUAACAACACAGAAGUUAGAAUUGGCGACAUACACCUGGGAGAUAACUGUCCUGUAACAAGACUGCUGUCAUUUAACUACGAGUUUUCUUAUCCUGUCACUUCUUGUGGGAUCAAGAAAAUUAUGUUCCAAAGAAAUGAUGAUGCCAUAUUAUCAGAGAUCAGUUACAGACCAAGGUCGCAUACUACUUAUGAAUUUCCAGUGGUUUGCUUUGUGAAGAGGAGCGACUCUCCAAGAAGUCACUGCAUCAAUAAUGCCUGUGUGAUAACACCCUCUCCUCCCCAAAGCACCGCAGCAAGUGGUACCUACUUGCUGAGAACCAGUUUCAUCAAUACUGUUGAUGUGUCUGUACAAAGAUGA